GCUUAACGAAACGGUAUGGGCGUUACGUACGGUACUUCCGGGUUUGACGUCAGCGUCGGCGCAGCUUGCAGAGAUACAAAGAAGACGACAACAAUGGCUGAUGUUUCUCUGUAUCUCGCCAAUGUCAACGUGUCUUUAGGACGGGGCAUGGACACGGGGCAGGGUCAGAGCCCGAACCCGGGGAGGGAGUUUGAGAGCGUUGAGCUGGGAGAGCUGGGCCAGAGGACGGAGCCGAAGGAGAAGGCUCCCCGCCGCAUCAUCCACUUCUCCAGCGGGGAGACCAUGGAGGAGUACAGCACCGACGAAGAGGAGGCAGAGGACCCGGAGGCGGAGCGGAAGGACCUGCUGUCCCCUCCUAUCGAUGCGGUGAGGUCCAAGAUGACCUGGGGGCCUUACUUCUGGUUCCACAUGUGGAGAGCUGCCACGUCCACCAUCUCAGCAUGCGACUACCUUGGGGAGAGGAUGGCGUCCCUGUUCGGAAUAACAUCGGCAAAGUACCAGUAUGCCAUUGACGAAUACAACAGGAUAAAGAAAGAGAAGGAGGAGGAGGCUGAGGAGAACCGACUGUCGGAAGAAGCGGAGCGGACCUUCGACCAGCUACAAUCUCAGGAAGUGAAGGGCGAGCCAAUCGCAUUGGCGGACGCGCAGGAAGCAGCGCCUGCUCGCCCCGACACGACCUAUCAGCUGGAGAACGAGAAUCCGGUGGCUCCGAACACGAUCACCGUCCCGGUUAUCGUCACCGCGACCUAACCGCUUCCCGAGAGAGGACAUUUUAGUGUUUGUUCGUCAGUAAAGAAAAGAACACGGUCUUGUUUCACCAAGCUGUUUGGUUUGUGUAUAACACGGCUUUUAAUGGGCAGAUCGGAUUGGACAGGUGGGGGCACGUCAAUGUGGGAAAUCAGAAACCUUUAAACACAUGUAGUUGGGCAGGUUUUAGAAAAUAAAUGUCACUGUAGGUUGCUACAGCAACCCUCCACUCUAUGCUAUACAGGGAGGACAAAGUGUUGCUCCCCUGUGUCUCAGAUUGACCACACACAGUGCCUAAACCACCCAUACAGCCAGCGCCAGAUGUGGGCUGAGCGUCUGUUUAACCGUGAUCCAAUGUCCCUGCGGACGGUUUACGUUACUCAUGUCAAGGUUUAGCAGCCGCUCAUGUCUACGUCUGUUAGCGCUGAUGUCCUGGAUCCACCUGGCUGCACCAAAGAGCUGGCCAUUUUAACAUUCCUUCACCUCGUGUCCAUAUGCAUGCCGUAUGUAGACGUGUUUUAAUAUUACAUGUUCAGGCUUGUGUUGCACUUACUGUCUGUGGAAGCACUGAGCAGAUUAAAUGGUGGCUACAUUUUAGCCACAGGGUAGGCUAACAUUUAGCAAAAAAGAAAUGGUGAGAAGUGGGUGUAAGGGUUGUGUGUUGCUGUUUCAUCUGCCUUAUUUACUGUGAACAUUAAAAUAAUCUUGUGUAAUCUUAUGGGUAAACAAAUUAUGACACUAAGUCUGUUUAAGGACCUACAAAGUUAAAUUUUUAACCACUUGUAAGCAGUUUUUUACACUUAUUUAUUUUCUUAACUUAUUGAGCUGUUAAUUUGAACAUUUUCUAUUGUUUUUGUAACAUGACAAUAAACUGUUAACUGACU